UGUCUUCUUGUACUAUAUAAUAACUGCCUCCCAGCACCUUUAUUGCAACCUCCUUCUGUUACGUGCAGCCUUCUUCUUCUCCUCCUCCUUCUUCUUACUCAAUUCUUUAUGUAUAUAUAUGGAGGGUGGUAAUGGUGGGUCUUGUUCAUCAAUGGAGAAGGUGAUGGGAAACUAUGGAGAUCAACCUCAUGUUUUAGCAGUGGAUGACAACCUGAUUGACCGAAAACUCGUUGAAAAGUUGCUUAAGAACUCUUCUUGCAAAGUCACCACAGCAGAAAAUGGGCUAAAAGCACUGGAGUAUUUGGGGUUGGGCGUUGAUGGAAGGAACAAAUUAGACACUAAUGUUUCCAAGGUGAAUUUGAUCAUCACUGAUUAUUGUAUGCCUGGAAUGACAGGCUAUGAACUACUCAAGAAAAUUAAGGAAUCAUCAAUCAUGAAGGAGGUUCCAGUUGUGAUUAUGUCAUAUGAGAACAUCCCAACUCGUAUUACCAAGUGCUUAGAGGAAGGAGCUCAGAUGUUCAUGCUCAAGCCCCUCAAGCAGUCAGAUGUGAAGAAAUUGAGGGCUUUCGUGGGUUUCAAGCUUUCAACCCAAGGUUACAGGAUUCAGAAAUUUUGUGGAAAGCCAACUGAUUGCAAGGUUGGGCUCCAAUGGCCCUAUGUUCUGUGCCGAACGAUCACAUUUCACAUGCGGGACACACUCGCUCAACACGAGCUGCAGCCUGCAAUUGCAAACCCUACCAAAGCACUCUGCCGGUGA